AUGCCCACCGAUCAUUAUCAUCCAGUAGGACAGCGCUACUCCCCUCUCACUGCUGCUUCGUCCGCUCCACUAGCAGGAAGGAGAGUUGCCGUCAUUGGAUCGGGCCUGGCAGGUCUCACUACUGCCUGGGCCCUCUGCAGUUGUGUCGGUAGCGCCAUAGAGGAGGUUACAGUAUAUGAGCGUGCUGACAAACUAGGACUAUAUACCUUUGCCGACCCUUUCGGGUGUGCGGCCUUGUCGCUGCUCGGCCUGCGGCCGCCGAGGGUCGAGCCACCAGUAGAUAUAUAG